AUGUUAGUCCAAAGAGUUCAAGCAGGUGAAAAGAACAUCUCAUUCUCAGUCCAAUCAGCAACAGUCCUCUUCUUGGAUGUUGUCGAAUUCACACCAUGGUGUGGCUCUCAUGAUGCACAGUAUGUCAUGAGAAUGUUGAAUAUCAUGUUCAAGGAAUUCGAUGCAAUCACAAAUGCACACAAGACAAUGACAAAGAUCAAAUGCAUUGGUAACUGUUACAUGGCUGCUGGUGGUAUCUUCGAUGAAGUCAAUCAGCCAGCAGUUCACGCUAAAGAAGUUGUCGACUUCGGCACACUAGUCAUCAAGAAACUUCUCGAGAUCGAUGAACGCGAGAAAGAGAACUUGCGUAUUCGUGUUGGUAUCAACACAGGAGGACCAAUUGUCGCCGGUGUCAUUGGCACCGAGAAGCCGACAUUCGAAAUCCUUGGUCCGGCAAUCAACAUGGCACACGAGAUGGAGAACAAAGGUGUCCCAAUGAAAGUCCACAUCAGCCGCCCAGUUUAUGAACUUAUCUAUGGCCAACAGUUCGAAAUCAAAGAACGUGGUGAAAUUGAUGUCAAAGGCGGAAAGAUGUUCACUUAUCUCGUAGAACCAUAA